GCGGGCGGUUGGCGUUGCGCAGAAGGCGGCGGUGGUUCCUUGUGGUCCGGCCUCUUCGCAGAGGAACGGGGACAAGGUUAGGGUGAGAGAACGCUCUCAGUCCCGGGAACCGGGUGGCCUUAGUCCUUCAGGUGAAACAGCGUGCGCUAUGGGAAAGAAAACCAAGAGAACAGCCGAUAGUUCUUCGUCAGAGGAUGAGGAGGAGUACGUCGUGGAGAAGGUGUUAGACAGACGCGUGGUUAAGGGGCAAGUGGAAUACCUACUCAAGUGGAAAGGCUUCUCUGAGGAACAUAAUACCUGGGAGCCUGAGAAAAACCUGGAUUGCCCUGAACUGAUCUCAGAGUUUAUGAAAAAGUACAAAAAGAUGAAGGAAGGUGAAAACAACAAACCCCGGGAGAAGUCAGAAAGCACCAAGAGAAAAUCCAGCUUUGCCAACAGUGCUGAAGAAAUCAAGUCAAAAAAAAAGAGAGAGCAGAGCAAUGAUAUUGCCCGAGGCUUUGAGAGAGGACUGGAGCCAGAAAAGAUCAUCGGGGCAACAGAUUCCUGUGGAGAUUUAAUGUUCCUAAUGAAAUGGAAAGACACUGAUGAAGCAGACCUGGUCCUCGCAAAGGAAGCCAACGUAAAAUGCCCACAGAUUGUGAUAGCAUUUUAUGAAGAGAGACUGACGUGGCAUGCAUAUCCUGAGGAUGCGGAAAACAAAGAGAAAGAAACAGCCAAGAGCUAAAGCAGGGGUGGCCUCUGCCAUUUCUCUUUGUAUAUAACACAUUCACUUCCUCUCUGCCUCCCCUUUCUCCCUUUCAGACCCACCACCCUCUACCCUAAACCCAUUCAUAAAAACGUGCUUAUUACUGUGCCCCACACAAGAGAUGUUGGUAUUGGUUCUCUCAUCACAUACCUGAUGGUCUGAUUCAUGAUGUGUCUGUAGUGAAGACCAGCCAUUUACAUACAUACUGUGUGUAACCCACCCCAUUCUCCCUUUGCCCUGACUUCCCCUACCCCCACUCCCACCCUCCUCUUUGCCCGGAAGAUGAUGUUUAACUUUU